GCUGGCACCUUUGCGUCGGAGGGAUGAUGCGGUGGGCACAGCCUCCGAGCAUCACGGCGCCGUUUUCUGGACCAGUUUGUCUUCCGUCGUACGUAAGGACGAACUGCUCGGCGCGAAUCGUGAUUUUCUUUUAUGUGUCGUCGCGUUUUACCUAGUGGGGUUAUAAAGACGAAAAAAAUACACCGCGAAAAUAAAACACUCCUCUGCCGAAUUCAUUCGGUUUCGAGUUAUUUUCGGCGCUCCUGUAUCGGACGUCCUCAUCUUUUUCGAUCCGAAGAAAAAAUAAUCGUAGGGAAAAAAGCUCGAAUUUACACCGGCACUUCGCAGCAUCUCAAUAUUACAUUUCAUCCCCCCCGUUGAUCAAAGAAACUUUUUUUAUUUCCGUAAUAUCAUCCAAUUUCCCGCCUAAUUCUUACGCAAUUCACAUUUCACCAAAUUCAUAUUAUAUCUACACGAGUGUGUGUGUAAAGAUAAUAACAAAUAAAAAUAUGACAACAAUUUUUAAAUGAAAGCUGAUAUUUGGUAAAAAAGAAAGAGCAAAAAACUGUCUUCUUUCUUUCAUCCAAAAUGUCUUAAGAGUGCACGGAAAUUUUGUUGGUUUCUUUUUUUUUUUUUUCUGGUAACAAAACGGACUCAGUUAUAUAUAGUGGAGGUGGUAAUUUCGUCGGAGUGCGAUUGGUGAUUUGAUGAAGCAACUAUCAUAUAUUUUCGUUUCUUAAGUUUUUUGAAAACUUUUUUACCCCCGAUGACAUUUGGAGAUCAUUCAUUUCCGGUAUAAAUCUCCGAGUUUAGAGGUCGCGUAGUAGCUCGACGAAUGAACCCUAUGUAGGAAAGACGCGUUGGAAAUGACGAUUGAAAAAUAAUUGUAAAAAAUAAAAUAAGGGAAGAAUAAACGGGACAUUGCGGUUAAAUCGACAAUUAGAUGCGGAGAGAAUUUUCCGUUCGCGUAUAAGGUUUACCAUGUACGUAUGAUUUCCUGAAGAGCAAUCAGCAAUUUAACUUUGUUAAACGCGUUUCAGGUGGACCGGUUGAGAUUAAUGUUCCGUUAACAUAAUUAAGAGUAAUACGUGUUACUGUGACCGAAAUUUCCGCAUCGUCGGAGUUUAUUUCGGGCAUAUAUAGUUUUGGCGUUGGUCUGUACAGAUUAUAGUUUGAAGAUAGUUAAAACUAGGGGCUGGUUGGGGUUUACAGUGUCCAUUAUACGAGCACAGGACCUUCGUAUACCUAUAAAGGACGAACCGGAAAACGGAAAAGUCAAAGUUGAAGGAACUCGAUCUUCGCAUCCUUUUGUAGUCUCUAUAUAAACGAUUACAACUUUGCUAAUUAUGCGCUAAACAUUUCGCGUAUAUAAAUUUCGUACUAUCCAAUUUUAACAUACCAUCGGUACGUAAAAAAAAUUAAUCACAAUUCAUUUUUUAUAUAAAUACAAAGACGCAAAGAAAUAUCGUGAUAGUGCUCCGUAAAAAAAAAAAGAUAUAUGUAUAAAAAAAACCAACAGAAUAAUACUCAUAUUAUCAGUGAAGUUUGAUAAAAAUUGGCAGCAAAUUAUGCAAUUGGUAACCUCGAGUGGUGCAGUUGAACGAUGCAGAAUUCAAAAUUACGAUAAAAUCGUGGCGUGAAAUCAGCGUGGGAGUUCUCGCGUGAUUAUAAUAAGUUGAAGUUGAAGUUGACAUAAAAUAAGGUGGAGGUGAAGGUGGAUAAAAGGGAAGUGUCGGGGCGGCCCGGAACCGGAAAUGGCCACAAGGCUGCUUCUGUUGGCGGUCUUCGUCGCCUGCGCAAGUGCCCUUCCUGAUUUCAUUAGGAUAGGAGGGUUGUUUCACCCUGUGGACGACAAGCAGGAGGUGGCCUUCCGGUACGCGGUGGAAAAGAUAAAUGCCAACAGGGAAAUUCUCCCCCGCCCUCGGCUGAGCGCUCAGAUUGAACAGAUUUCGCCGCAGGACAGUUUUCACGCCUCAAAACGCGUUUGUCAUCUUCUGAGGAAUGGAGUCGCGGCUAUUUUCGGUCCGCAGAGUCCCCAUACGGCGUCUCACGUUCAGAGCAUAUGCGACACAAUGGAAAUUCCACACCUUGAAACUCGAUGGGAUUAUCGACUCAGACGGGAAAGCUGUUUAGUCAAUCUCUAUCCCCACCCCACGACGCUUUCUAAGGCGUACGUCGACCUCGUCAAGGCAUGGGGUUGGAAAAGCUUCACGAUAAUCUACGAGAACAACGAAGGUUUGGUCAGACUCCAAGAGCUUCUGAAGGCACAUGGACCGAGCGAGUUUCCAAUCGCCGUCAGACAACUCGGAGAAAGCUCGGACUACAGACCGUUGCUGAAGCAGAUAAAAAAUUCAGCCGAGUCUCACAUCGUGCUGGAUUGUUCUACGGAGAGGAUUUACGAAGUAUUAAAACAAGCACAGCAAAUUGGAAUGAUGAGCGAUUACCACAGCUACCUCAUCACCUCCUUGGACCUGCACAGCGUUGACCUGGAAGAAUUCAAGUAUGGCGGUACCAAUAUUACUGCCUUCCGAUUGGUUGAUCCAGAAAAGCCAGAGCUUCAGAGGGUGGUCCGUGAUUGGAUAUACGGAGAACAACGUUACGGCAGAAAACUGGACAUGGGUCAAAACACUAACAAGGACAACCUCACCUUUAUAAAGACGGAAACCGCUCUGAUGUACGACGCCGUUCAUCUGUUUGCAAAAGCUCUCCACGACCUUGACACGUCGCAACAAAUCGACAUCAAGCCACUAUCCUGCGAAUCCGUCGAUACGUGGCCUCACGGGUAUUCCCUGAUAAAUUACAUGAAGAUCGUCGAGAUGCGCGGUCUGACCGGAGUGAUAAAAUUUGACCAUCAAGGUUUCAGGUCCGAUUUCGUUUUGGACAUCGUCGAAUUGAACAGUAAAGAGGGUUUGAAGAAAAUCGGCACCUGGAACAGCACCGAGGGUGUCAAUUUCACGCGAACAUACGGCGACGUUUAUACGCAGAUCGUUGAAAGUUUACAGAAUAAAACUUUCAUCGUGACGACGAUAUUGAGUUCGCCGUACUGCAUGAGAAAAGAUUCCAGUGAAAAAUUGUCGGGAAAUGCACAAUUCGAAGGAUACGGUAUCGAUCUGAUACACGAGAUAUCCAGGAUACUUGGUUUCAAUUACACAUUCAGACUGGUUCCUGACGGACGUUACGGUUCGUUGAAUAGGGAGACCAAGGAAUGGGACGGAAUGAUGAAGGAGCUUUUAGACCAAAAAGCGGACCUGGCCAUAGCGGAUUUAACCAUAACUUACGAUCGCGAACAAGCCGUUGAUUUUACCAUGCCCUUCAUGAACCUUGGUAUCAGCAUUUUGUACCGGAAACCGAUAAAACAACCACCGAAUUUGUUUUCCUUCCUGAGUCCUCUGAGUCUCGACGUUUGGAUCUACAUGGCAACCGCGUAUCUCGGGGUGUCAGUUCUGCUCUUCAUAUUGGCGAGAUUCACACCAUACGAAUGGUACAAUCCGCACCCUUGCAACGCCAAUCCGGAUCACCUCGAGAAUCGUUUCAAGCUGCUCAACUGUUUGUGGUUUGCGAUUGGGUCCCUGAUGCGUCAGGGUUGUGACAUCCUGCCCAAGGCCGUAUCGACACGAAUGGUAGCCGGAAUGUGGUGGUUCUUCACACUGAUAAUGAUAUCAUCUUACACCGCAAAUUUGGCCGCAUUCCUGACGGUUGAAAGAAUGGAUUCACCGAUAGAAAGUGCCGAGGAUUUAGCGAAACAAACUAAGAUAAAAUACGGAGCUCUGAGGGGCGGAAGUACAGCCGCAUUUUUUAGGGACUCGAACUUCUCGACGUACCAGAGGAUGUGGUCAUUCAUGGAAUCGGCGCGACCAACUGUGUUCACAACUAGUAACGUCGAAGGAGUGGACAGGGUGGUAAAGGGAAAGGGAAGUUAUGCAUUCCUCAUGGAAUCCACUUCAAUCGAAUACGUUAUUGAGAGAAACUGUGAGCUAACUCAAGUCGGUAGUCUUCUAGACUCUAAGGGAUACGGAAUUGCGAUGCCCCCAAAUUCACCGUACAGAACAGCGAUAAGCGGAGCUGUUCUUAAACUUCAGGAGGAGGGAAAACUACACAUACUAAAAACAAGAUGGUGGAAGGAAAAACGUGGCGGUGGAUCUUGCAGGGACGAUGCAUCGAAGAGUAGUUCGGCGGCGAAUGAACUUGGCCUGGCGAACGUCGGUGGAGUUUUCGUUGUCCUGAUGGGUGGAAUGGGUGUUGCCUGCGUGAUAGCCGUCUGUGAGUUCGUCUGGAAGAGCCGGAAGGUUGCCGUCGAGGAACGGAAGCAGAAAUCCUCGGGCAAACCUAUCUGCGAAGGUUUCACUGAUCUGCACUAGCCGUGAUCGGGUGAUCUACACUUCAAAAACAGACUCCAAAAAAAUCAGUGAAUAUUGAUGCAUACUGUUAUUGUCGCGACCUGCAGUGAUCGACUGCACAGUGGACGUAAAGAAGAACUCCAUCAAAAUUGAUAAAAAAAAGAACUAUAUAAUAUCAUAACAUAACAAUGAUUGUGACCAAUCAGUGAAAACAAUAAAUAAAUGA